AUGGCUUUCGGAGUGCCAAUAUCAGUCUAUCUCUUAUUCAAAGCAAUGACAGCAUUGACUGAAGAGGCAGCCGUGACUGGAACACCUUCAAACACAACCCAGCAAAGUAACUGGACAGUUAACAAAACAGAAGCUGACUACACAGAAGGGCCCAUAGCCUUGAAGUUCUCACAUCCUUGCCUGGAAGACCACAAUAGUUACUGCAUCAAUGGUGUUUGUGCAUUCCACCAUGAGCUGGAAAAAGCCAUCUGCAGGUGUUUUACUGGUUAUACUGGAGAACGGUGUGAACACUUGACCUUAACUUCAUAUGCUGUGGAUUCUUAUGAAAAAUACAUUGCAAUUGGGAUUGGUGUUGGAUUAUUAUUAAGUGGUUUUCUUGCUAUUUUUUACUGCUACAUAACAAAGAGGUGUCUAAAAUUGAAAUCACCUUACAACAUCUGUUCUGGAGGAAGACCACUGUGAGGCCUUCGUAAGAAAUUUUCGUGAGGCAUGUAUAAAAAUCAGUGGGCCCCAAAUCAAAAUCUUCCAAUGAAACAACAAAACUUCCCAAGCUGACUGGACUCGAAAAUAAAGGAAGUUGGGAUCGUGAUGAAAUGAGAGAAUAAACUUCAAUGUUGGUCUUCAGACUUUGCCAUCGUUAGGGUGCCAUGGGA